AUGUUGUUUACAGCUACCAGUUUGCCUUUUGAGAGGCUGGACGGAACAAACUACAUGCCAUUCCAAGCCGUCUUCAACUGUGCUUAUCUUACUCUGAAUGCUUCCGAAGUCCACAUGGGCUCAGAGGCGGCAGGCAGCACACAUAAGGGAUGUCAUAUAGGUGAAUGUUUCCAUGGCUGGUUAGAACCUCUCUUAUCCCGCAUUGCAGAGGAACCUACAGCUGUGGUCAGCCCUGACAUCACCACCAUUGACCUGAACACCUUUGAAUUUUCCAAGCCGAUUCAAUAUGGGAAGCAGCACAGUCGGGGUAACUUUGACUGGAGCCUGACUUUCGGAUGGGAGGCCAUCCCUCAGCAUGAGAAGCAGAGAAGGAAGGAUGAGACUUACCCUAUCAAGUCUCCCACAUUUGCUGGCGGCCUGUUUGCCAUUUCUAGGUCCUAUUUUGAACACAUAGGAUCCUACGACGAUCAGAUGGAAAUCUGGGGAGGGGAGAAUGUGGAGAUGUCCUUUCGGGUGUGGCAGUGUGGAGGUCAGCUGGAAAUCAUCCCCUGUUCAGUGGUUGGCCAUGUGUUUCGGUCAAAGAGUCCCCACACUUUCCCAAAAGGAACUCAAGUGAUCUCCAGGAACCAAGUGCGCCUGGCAGAAGUCUGGAUGGACAGCUACAAGGAGAUCUUCUACAGGAGAAAUCAGCAGGCUUCCCAAAUGGCUAAGGAGAAAACAUACGGAGACCUCACUGCCCGGCUUGAACUGAAGGAGCGGUUGCGUUGCAAGAAUUUCACCUGGUAUCUGCAGACUAUUUAUCCUGAGAUUUUCAUUCCAGACCUAACUCCGACUUUCUAUGGAGCUAUUAGAAACGAAGGGGCCAAACGUUGCUUGGAUGUGGGCGAGAACAAUCAUGGAGGGAAGCCACUGAUCAUGUACCCCUGCCAUGGCAUGGGAGGCAAUCAGUAUUUUGAAUACACAUCCCAGAGAGACCUCCGGCACAACAUUGGCAAGCAGCUUUGCCUCCGGUCCAAAGCGGGACCCGUGGAUUUGGGUGACUGCCACUAUGUUGGGAAACACUCCCAUGUACCUGAAAAUGAAGAAUGGGAACUGACCAACGACCACCUGAUUAAGAAUGUGGCAUCAAGCAGGUGUCUGUCUGGAAGAGGAGAACAUCCGUCCACGGCUCUCUGCAACUCUGCAGAUGCCUAUCAACUCUGGUACUUCAGCUAAAGGGCUCCGGGAAAGACCCACACAGCGUACGCAACGGCCUGUCACCACUGAACUCACACGGCAGCUUCUGUGUUCUUCCUCUCACGAUAAUGGGAGGCUGACGUCCAAGAGAAAAGGGGACCCAUUUCUGCUUAGCCACAUGCCUGUAACACAUUCUGAUGCCUUUUGGAAUGAGAUGGUCUGCAAAAUGCAGCCAACCUCAAGUGUCCUUAACGUUUCCUGUUGUCGAAGUUGCAGGCAGGUGUCUAUAUCUUUGUGUGUAUAUAUUUGCUCUUUAGAGGAACUGAGGCUCCAGCCUGUGGGGAAGACAAUGUCAGUGAAUUCUCCUGAGCUAGAUUUUUUUUUUAAAGCCCCUUGAGAUGAGUAACAAAUAUUUCUUAAUUUGCGUACUGGGAGCAAAGUAGAAAUUAGUGCCUUGAUAGCCAGCUGUAGAGCCUAUUGAAGGGAAUAAACUUCUCUGCAGGUUAUCGGGCGGGGAUGGGGGGGGCAGACUAUCUGAUGCCAAAGAGGAGGACUCUUGUCUCUGUUAGGUAGGAAAUGGAAUUUCUGAUCAAUGGUUCUGGGCUUCAUAGGGAGGUACUGAACCCUCUGCUGAAGGGUAGGUCGUGGGCAACACUUGCUCUUCAAUGGAUCGAUAAGGGUUUGCCUGCGUUGAACAUGGUAAACACUUGAGUGCAGUGUUGUUGUGUAGCUGAAGUCUCCAGCCCUUUGCACAGGCAGUAGCCAAUGCAUUACCUCAGACUUUGGAGAUCCUUGCCAACACACUGAAUAAACUGCUGAUGGCGCUGGAAACUGGGAAAAAAAAACCCUGCUUCCAAGGCAGCUAAUCCCUCUACCAAAGAGAAAUGGAAUUAGGCAGGAAGGCGGAUUUCCUGGCUCCUCACAAAGGAAUGAUGUCGGGCGUCCGGCUGCUGAGUACCUCCCAACGGCUUCAAUUUCCGGGGCCGACUGUGCCAUUUUUCCCGCUCUUUGGAUACCUGCAAUGUCGAUUCUCAGAGUCCUUCUACCUGACGUGGCUCCCCGCCAGCUCCAUGCAAUGGGCCGGCGCUCAGCAGGCUCGAUACAGUUUGCACAGCUUGAUUUUUUCCUGGACUGAGGAUGGUUCCUCCCUUUCCUCGAAGAUACUUCCGUGGCCUUGAUUUGUACGCUGUCCAAUGUGAAAAGCUGCUAACGUGCCUUUUUGAGGCUAGCGGGAGAAGCCGAAACACUUGGGGAAAUGGGGGGUGAUGUGGGCCUUCAUCGGAUGAAAGUUGGCUGCCAAACCAGACAGGAGUGAAAGAGAAUGUGAGAUUGAGGGGGGUUGUGUGUGUGGUUUUUGUUCAUGAAUGCCCUAUGGGGGUGGGAUCUGGAAUAAAGUGACACUGGAUAUUGUUCGCUGUCAUUGCCUGCUAGGGCAAAUAAUUGUUCCCAUGACUUUGUCUACUGUGUUUAGAUCUGUUUUGUCCAUGGACUUCCUGGAUGGGAGGCUAAUAUGUGGCUGUGAUGCUGUUAAUUCACUGAGCAGCAACUUCCACCGAACUGACAGGGGCCCAGGACCUCUUAUUUACUUGUAAAACUGAUUAGCAAUCACACUGUCAGUACAAUUCGAAAUCUAAGUGGAAAGUCUUGGAAUAUCUUGGAAUUCUGAGAAAUUUAAUGUUUUGAGGUGCGCUUUAAAAACUGAUUGAUUGGUGUCGGGGUCCACAAGGAAUUCGGUCAACCUCCCCCCUUUUUAAAGUAUACUGUCAGGUUUGGGUACCGCUUUUUAGCAUCUUUGAAGCAAGAACACUCGGAUGAAAGACUGAAGAUACAGACUCUUCCUUGGUUUUUCAAUAACAGAACUGCUGUGAGCAUCCCUAAGUGAUUGUUAGUUCAUUUCCCAGAAGGCUUCUGGUGUUAAGAUGAAACAGAGUGAUCUGCCCUGGCAAUCCUGGUUGGAAUAAACUUUAUAAAACUUU